UUAGCCAAUUUUGGGAGGAUCUCAAAAGUUGAGAGGGAUGCAUGGAUGGAUUUGAAUUCAUGCUAUUAAUUUCACAACAUCCCAUCAAGCUAGACAGCGCUCUCAAGCUGUCUUUUUGAAUUAGACAAAUUUAUAAUUCAUUGGAAUUACCAUAGUUUAUAACACAAGUUAUAUUUACUCGUAUUUUGUUCACUGUCAGCUUUGUGGUUGCACAUCUUUAACGCUAGGGAGCUUGCCGUAUUUAAGGUGAUCUCUCCACGAAAUGAAAGUAAGCGUGCUACACUGUCGUUGUUCCAAAUGCUUCACGGUUCCAGCACGGAAGCGGGUCCGUAAGCGUGUUCCAGCCCUAACACUGCUGUCUCUUCCCGAAGAGGUGCUUCUGUGUGUUCUCCAGUGCCUCUCUGCUGAGGACCUGCUGGCUGUCAGAGCUGUACACUCUCAGCUCCGUGACAUCAUUGAUAACCACUCUAGUGUUUGGGCCCGGGUCAGUUUCAGGGAUACCUGGCCAUCCCCCAACACAGUCUGGCUCUUUGAGAGGGCCGCAGAGAAGGGGAACUUCGAGGCAGCUGUGAAACUAGGGAUUGCAUAUUUGUACAAUGAAGGACCGUUGCUGAGUGAUGAAGGGCGUGCCGACGUGUGCGGCCGGAAGGCGUCCCAGUUCUUCAGCCUGGCGGAGAGCCUGCGUUCCCCUACCGCUGACCCCUUCAUCUGGGUUUUCAUCCGCCCGCCCUGGUCCCCCACUGGGAGCUGCUGCAAGGCUGUGGUGUUUGACAGGCUCAAGGCGGAGUGUGAAACCAAUGUGGAGAGGAGGGGUACGUUGCUGCACUGUCUGGCCAGAGUCCUCCAGCUUUUUGAUGAGGACGACAAGCGCGCCGAGGCCCUGACACUACUUGAAGAGUCGUCUCAGUCGGGCUGUCUACAGAGCGCUUACCUGCUUUGGGAACAUAACCGUAAAACCGCAAUGGCGGACCCAGGCAGGUACCUCCAGUUCAUACGCACGCUCAGGGACUACGCAGCCAAAGGAUGCUGGGAAGCACAGCUGUCCCUGGCCAAGGUGUGCAGCAGUGACAACCCGCUGGGUCUGGAGCAGAGGGCCUGUGCCGACCUUGUGGCCCAGCUGUUUCGUUCCUGUCCCCCCGUGCCCCGACGCAGGGUGGAGGAGGUGCUCCGACAGGGCAUCAACGACACCAUGAGAUACAUCCUGGUGGACUGGUUGGUGGAGGUAACCACCAUGAAGGACUUCUCCAGCCUGACCCUCCACGUGACAGUGGGCUGUGUGGACCGCUACCUGGCCCUGCGCUCCGUGCCCAAGGCCCGCCUGCAGCUGCUGGGCAUCGCCUGCAUGGUCGUCUGCACGCGGUACAUCAGUAAGGAUAUCCUGACCAUCCGGGAGGCGGUGUGGCUCACAGACAACACCUACAAGUAUGAGGACCUGGUCCGCAUGAUGGGGGAGGUCAUCUCUGUGCUGGAGGGCAAGAUCAGGACUCCCACUCUGCUGGAUUAUGGCCAGGUGCUGCUGUCUCUGUUACCCCUAGAGCGGCUCAGUGUCCACCUGUUCAGCUACUUGUGUGAGCUCACCUUGCUCUACUCAGCCCUCACUACAUACUCCUCAGCCCACCUGGCCAACGCCAUCCUGCUGCUCACAAGGGCACUACACCACUACGCUCCCAUCUGGCCCAUCCAGCUGGCUGAGUAUACAGGCUUCUCCAAGCAGGACCUGGUCCCCUGCACUUUACUACUCUAUGUCAAGUGCUUCAGUAAGGAUGUACCCAAAGACUACAGGCAAAUGUCUCUGACAGGUGUCAAGCAGAGGUUUGAGGAUGAGGCCUACCAACACAUCAGCAAAGAAAAGGUGAUUGAUUUCAAGGAGCUGUGUCAGGUCCUGGAGGUCCCGGAGGUGGAACCCUACAUGGUGCUGCCCAGCCCCACGGGCCAGCCAGCUGACAUCCACACCUUCCUCUCCUCCCCCUCCAGCAACAGCAAGAGGAGACGGGAGGAGUCCUUGCCUGUGCACCGAGGCAGCUUUGUGGCCACACCCACGGCUGAGCUGUCCACUCAGGAAGAGACCCUGGUGGGGGACAUGCUGGACUGGAGCCUGGACACCUCCUGCUCUGGAUACGAGGGGGACCAGGAGAGUGAAGGAGAGAAGGAGGCCAAGGAGGGAGAGACCUCUGUUCUGGCCAUUACACUGGAGCUAGCAACGGAGCCCGAGGACUCCAAACUGCACUGCCGAGCCCUCUCCAGCGACGAUGACAGUUUCUGUGAGGGGAACAAAGAGGAAGAGGAGUAUGAAGGGGAGGGGAGUGCCAGGAGCCGACCGGGCGAGCCCCCCUCUCCUCAUUCAUCACAACCGACUUCCACAGCUCAG